AUGAUUUUUCAGUUGGUUCAAUCCUACUUCGCCGCCACUGGUGGAGCUCUCGUCGCCGCUUUGGGACUGAACUCAUUGGUGAAGACUGCUCCACCCCUUAUCGGACGACUCGUUCCGUUCGUUGCUGUAUGUGUUGCCAACGCCAUCAAUAUUCCAAUGAUGCGAAGGGGCGAAUUGCGUGACGGUAUCGAUAUCGUGGAUGCCGAUGGUAACAAACUUGGGCAAAGCAAGCACGUUGCACGGUCUGCAAUUACGCAAGUUGUCAUAUCCCGAAUAGGAAUGGCUACUCCGACAUUUGCUCUGAUUCCUGUGAUUGUCAAUGCGCUAGAGAAAAAGCCGUAUUUCAAGGUAAACUAG